AUGGUGCUGCUCCGGGGAGACCACCCAGGGCCCAACGUGGAGCUCCAGUUUUGGACCGCUCAGAGGGAGAACCUGCUGGGCAUCCAGUCACAAAUCCAGAGCCCCAAAGCGGAACACAUCAUGGAGAUCCUGAGAAGAGUCAACAGCAGUUACUACUCUUCCUUCAAAGACAUCUGCCUCAAAGUCAAUGAGGCGGUGCUGGAAGCAGAGGAUAUAGAUCUGUAUCUGCGCCCUCUGAGGAGAGUGAUCAGCAGCUUAGAAGAGAGGAGUUUCCCACAGGUAGACACUCUACUGCCUCCUCUUUUCCACACACUCUGCCUCAUCUGGAGCCGUUCCAAAUACUACUGCACUCCACAACGCAUGGUGGUCCUCCUGCAGGAGUUCUGCAACCUGAUCAUUGAAAAGGCCUUUGCCUACCUCAUCCCCGAAGAGUUGUUUAAGAUGGAGCUUGAGGAGGGGGUGGAGAGAGUCCAGAUAACCGUCUCAGUUCUGCGCACCUUCAAGCAAUUGUUUCACACUCACCGACAGCGGAUCCCCAAGUACUACAGACACAGCCAGGACAUCAAGCUGUGGGACUUUCCGGCUACGCUUGUGUUCCAGCGGUCAGACCGCAUCAUGGAGAGGCUGCUCAUGAUCGAGGAGCUUUUUGCAACAGCGCUGGACUUUCUGAAACUGGAGAAGGUUGAACUGGGUGGAUCCCGAGGGAAGGUCCUCAGUGAGAUGGUCUUCAGCAUGAGCGAGGAGUUUCAUGACCGCUGGAGGGCCCUCAGAGAGAGCAAAUAUGACCCCCUGGACUAUACGAACGAUGGUUUUGUGCGUCACUACAGGCGUUUCAUGGAGCAGAACCGAGAUUUUGACCAGAGGCUGGGAACUGUCCUCAAUCUGGCCUUCCAGCACUCCAAAAACCUUAAUUCAACCUUUAAGUUGUUGAAGAUGUUCAGCACCCUGCUGGAGAGACCCAGGAUCCACCAGCUGUUCUCCCCUAACUACAAAGUGUUGUUGGACAUGUUCAACCAGGAAGUAGACCACUGUCAGUUUAUACUUGAUCAACACAGAAACGGGCUGCGGUCAGGCUGUACUGUGCUGGGGAAGAAUAUGCCGUCAGUGGCAGGAAACCUCAAAUGGACGCAGGAGCUUCGAAAUCGCAUCCUCACUAACAGGAGCAACCUCUGCCAGCUUGCCCAUAUGCCUCUGGGGUGCGCCGAAGCGGACGAUGUCCUUCAAAAGUGUGAGCGUGUUCUGGAGGUUCUGGACCAGCAUGAUGAGGAGCAGUUCUCAGAGUGGACCGAGGGCCUGGAGGAAAUCUGUCAAACCCACCUGAAGGAACCACUGCUCACACUGGACACUGACACGGGCCUCUUCCAGGUCAACUUCAGUCCUGCAUUGACAUCAGUGCUAAGGGAGGUGAAGUAUCUGGGCAUUCUGAAGAACCAAAACACUCCUAAAGCAGCUCUCCAUCUCUACUCCAAACGGGAGAGUCUCUACACGUACACGCAGACACUGACAUUGGUGACCCAAUGGUACAACCAGCUCCACAGUACCAUCCUGGCUGUAGAGCUGGGACUGGUGAAAGAGGAGAUGGACGGGACGAGGCGGCAGCUGGACCCGGCCCUCCGGGAGCUGAGCUGGGCUCAGGACCACCUAUGGGACUACAUCCAGAGCACACGAGACCUGGUCAAGAGCAUUUCUAGUCGUGUCCAGAAGAGUAAAGCUAAUGUGGAGACCAUCCAGGCCCUUAUGGGGAAAUUCAGCCAUCGUGCCUUCAUCACCAGAAAGAGUCGUGGUUCGACCCUCCUCAUCUUCUCUGACAUUAAUGAGAGUGUUUCCAAACAGCACGCUCUCAUCACCAGUACAGGGGAGGAAAUACACAAACUGCUGCAGGAGAGCCAGUCUCUGCUCGGUGUCACAGACCUGGACAGCAGUGAGUGGCAGGCCUACACAGACUACGUGGACCGUAUGAUCCUGACGGGCUUCUCCAGUGCAGUCCGCUGCUCCCUGCAGUACCUCAUGGACAACACAGAUGCAGCCCAGCGCAUUACACCACUGUUUGAGAUCCGGCUGGUACUCAACAGCAAUGAGAUGACCUUUGACCCCUCGCUGGACUUCAGCCACAGUGGUAACUUCUACGAUAUUGUGGAUAAGAUGGUGGCCAACAUCACCAGCAUGGCGUCCUUCAUUCCCAGAGUGGCAAAGCAUCAACGGCUGGAUAACUAUCAGUGCGACAUAAAUGAAAUGGAGGAUUUGUCAGAGAUGUGCUAUGUGAUCCGCUCACGCGCACGCGCAACUAUCGCUAAGGUCAGGGAAUAUCAGGGAUCGUUUGCCAGCUACCGCUACCUCUGGACUGAUGACAGGUCUGAAUUUAUGAGGCAGUUCCUGCUAUACGGCCAUGUGUUAAGUACAGAGGAAGCCGAGCUGUAUGCUGACUAUGAGCUGAAAAAGAACCCACCCACCCUGGACAACUUCAAAGAACAGAUCAACCUGUUUGAGUCUCUGUAUACACGGGUGAGCAAGAUGGAGGACAGGAGGGUGUUUUGUGGCUGGCUACAGCUCGAUAUUAGACCCUUCAAGCACACGCUGAUGAAUGUCAUCAAGAGAUGGAGCUGGAUGUUCAAGGAGCACCUGCUCAACCACGUCAACCAGAGCGUGAGAGAAUUAUCCUCUUUUGUCCAGGACACGGCCCAUGGUCUUUCUAACAAGGUGUCAGAUGGCGACUAUGCAGGCCUCGUGGACAUCAUGGGACACCUCAUGGCCAUACGAGACCGGCAGAUCAGCACCGAACAGCACUUCAAACCUCUCAAGUCUACUGCUGAGCUCCUCAAGACCUACGGACAGCAGCUGCCAGAGAGCGUCUACACCCAGCUAGAAGAGCUGCCGGAGAAGUGGACGAGUCUGAGGAAAAUCGCGUUCACUGUUAAACAUGAAGUGGCACCACUACAAUCAAAUGAAGUUUCAGUUAUACGCAGGAAAUGUGUCCGCUUUGAGGUCAAGCAGCAUGAGUUCAGAGAACAGUUUCGUACUGAACCAAUCUUUAAGAUCAAUGUGGAGGAGCAAUAUAAACUAAUUGAUAAGUCUAAUCGAGCUGUAGCGGUGAUGGAGGCGGAAAUGAAGAAGCUGCAGGACACAGCUGAUCUUUUUGAGGUCAGUUUCCCAGACUACAAGCAACUGCGCCAGUGUCGCUCUGACAUCAUACUGGUCAAAGCAGUCUGGGACAUGGUCAUCUUUGUGAAGACCAGUAUAGAAGAUUGGACUAAGACUCCAUGGAAAGAGAUCAAUGUUGAGCAGAUGGACAUGGAGCUCAGACGAUUCGCUAAGGAGAUGAAGAUGCUGGAUAAGGAGGUGCGGGUGUGGGACGUCUACAUGGGUCUAGAGUCGACUGUGAAGAACCUGUUGACCUCUCUGAGAGCUGUCAACGAGCUGCAAAACUCCGCCGUCAGAGAAAGACACUGGCAACAGCUUAUGAACACCACUGGGGUCAGGUUUGUGAUGGGGGAAGGCACCACCCUGGGGGACCUUUUGGAAUUACAGCUUCACCGUGUGGAGGAUGAGGUCAAAAACAUAGUGGACAAGGCUGUGAAAGAAAUGGCCAUAGAGAAAGUUUUGGCUGAGAUUACCCAGACGUGGAGUGUUAUGUACUUGUCAUAUGAGACUCACACCAGCACAGGAACCCCUCUGCUCAAAGCUGAUGAGAAUCUGAUCGAAACACUGGAGGACAACCAGGUGCAGCUGCAGAACAUCCUGAUGAGCAAGUACGUCGAGUAUUUCCAGGCGGAGGUGAGCGGAUGGCAGAGGAAGCUGAUGGUGGCCGACCUGGUCAUCUCCUCCUGGAUGUCUGUCCAAAGGACCUGGGCCCACCUCAACAGCAUCUUCACCAACAGCCACGACAUCCGCUGCCAGCUGGCCAACGAUGCAGAGCGCUUCCAGGGAAUUCACACUGACUUCCAGAGCCUGAUGACUGCGGUGGUGCAGAACAGUAAUAUGGUAGAGGUGACCAACCAGCCUGGCUUUCUGGAGAACCUGGAGACCUUGCAGCAGAGACUGUCUGUGUGCGAGAAGGCUCUGGCCGAGUACCUGGAGACCAAGAGACUCACAUUUCCCAGAUUUUACUUUGUCUCGGCCUCAGACCUGCUGGAGAUCGUCUCCAAAGGAACACAGCCCAAACAGGUGACCAGACAUUUGCUGAAGCUGUUUGACAACAUAGCAGAUCUUCGCUUCAAGGACUCAGACCGAGGUGGAGGAGGGGAGGAGGAUGGGGAGGCAGUUGCUAUAGGGAUGUUCAGCCGAGAGGGCGAAUAUGUUCCGUUCUCUGAGCCAUGUGUCUGUGAAGGGCAGGCUGAGUGUUGGUUGAGUGCUUUAGAGAGCACUAUGCGCUGCACGGUCCGUAAGGAGAUCCAGGAGGCCGUAUCUGCCUAUGAGGACAAACCACGAGACCAAUGGCUGUUUGACUACCCUGCACAGGUAGGGUUGACUGGUAGCCAGGUGUGGUGGGCCACAGAUGUGGGCAUUGCCUUUGAGAGGGUGGAGGAGGGAUUUGAGACAGCUCUCAAAGACUACAACAGGAAACAGAUCACACAGCUGAACUCACUGAUCCACAUGCUGCUGGGCGAUUUAACUCCUGGAGAUAGACAGAAAAUUAUGACUGUCUGCACAAUUGAUGUCCACGCUCGAGACGUGGUCGCCAGUCUCAUAACUCAGAAGGUGACAACAGGCCAGGCAUUUGCAUGGCUGUCCCAGUUACGCCACCGCUGGGAUGACGAAACCAGACACUGUUACGUCAACAUCUGUGACGCCCAGUUCCAGUUCAGCUAUGAAUACCUGGGGAACACUAACAGACUGGUCAUCACUCCACUCACUGACAGGUACACACACAGUACAUGUACUGAUGUAGUAUGAACAUCAAUUUACAGUAUAGAUUUUAUAUCAUAACCCAUCCUCCAUCGACUACUGAGUGGUGCUCGAUAUUUAAAAACCCCUCCCCCCCUUUUACCCCCCCCCACCGGUAAGACGGAGACUACCAAAGACCUCGGGCGCUCCCUGGGCAUCAUGGUAUAUGUGUUCAAUUGCUCUGAACAGAUGGACUACAAGUCCAUAGGUAACAUUUAUAAGGGUCUGGCUCAGACAGGGGUGUGGGGAUGCUUUGAUGAGUUCAACAGGAUCUCAGUAGAAGUGCUGUCCGUGGUAGCUGUGCAGGUCAAGACUAUACAGGAUGCUGUACGCAACAAGAAGCAACGGUUCCAUUUCCUUGGAGAGGAGAUAGAGCUGAAGCCAACAGUGGGGAUCUUCAUCACUCUGAACCCAGGUUAUGCUGGCAGGGCGGAGCUCCCAGAGAACCUCAAAGCUCUAUUCAGGCCCUGUGCCAUGGUGAUCCCAGACUUUGAGCUGAUCUGUGAGAUCAUGUUGGUGGCGGAAGGCUUCAUAGAUGCUCGUCUGCUGGCUCGCAAGUUCAUUAGCCUCUACACUCUUUGUAAGGAGCUACUGUCCAAACAGGAUCAUUAUGAUUGGGGUUUGAGGGCUAUCAAAUCAGUCCUGGUUGUGGCUGGAUCUCUGAAGAGAGAGGAGCGCAGCCGACCUGAGGAACAGGUGCUGAUGCGGGCCCUGAGGGACUUCAACCUGCCUAAGAUAGUGACCAGUGAUGUGCCCAUAUUCCUCGGGCUCAUCAGUGAUCUGUUUCCUCAGCUGGACGUGCCGAGGAAGAGAGACCCUGAGCUGGAGAACGCUGUUCGCCAGUCAGUCAGUGAACUGCGCCUGCAGCCUGAGGAGAACUUCAUACUUAAGGUGACCCAGCUGGAGGAGCUGCUGGCUGUCAGACACUCUGUGUUUGUAGUAGGCGGACCAGGAACUGGAAAGAGCCAGAUAUUGAAGACCCUCCACAGAACCUAUGCAACCAUGAAGAUGAAGCCCGUAUGGAAUGACAUCAACCCUAAAGCUGUGACUACAGACGAGUUGUUUGGAUACCUGCACCCUGCAACCAGAGAGUGGAAAGAUGGUCUGUUCUCCUCUACCAUGAGAGAGCUGACCUCAGUGGGCCAUGACGGACCCAAAUGGAUUGUUCUGGAUGGGGAUAUUGACCCUAUGUGGAUUGAGUCACUCAACACAGUUAUGGAUGACAAUAAGGUUCUGACUCUUGCCAGUAAUGAGAGGAUCAGUUUGUCCUCCUCCAUGCGUCUACUCUUUGAGAUCUCUCAUCUGAAGGCUGCUACUCCAGCUACUGUAUCCAGGGCAGGAAUCCUCUAUGUCAACCCACAGGACCUUGGCUGGAGCUCGUAUGUGACAAGUUGGAUAGACACCCGACAGGCCCAAUCAGAGCGAGCCAACCUCACCAUACUGUUUGAUAAGUAUGUGCCGUACUGCCUGGAACAAGUCCGCUGCAACCUGAAAACCAUCACUCCCAUACCGGAAAACAGCAUGGUGCAGACACUGUGCUCCUUGUUGGACUGCCUGCUGACAGAGGACAACACUCCUCCUGAUUCUCCCCGAGAACUUUAUGAGAUUUACUUUGUCUUCGCUUGUGUCUGGGCCUUUGGAGGGGCCCUCUUCCAGGAUCAUCUGAAUGACUACCGUGCCGAAUUCAGCCGCUGGUGGUCUAAAGAGAUGAGAGCGGUGAAGUUUCCUUCGCAGGGCACGGUCUUUGACUACUUCAUUGACUCUGAGACUAAAAAGUUUACUCCCUGGAGCGAGAAGAUGGAGCCAUUUGAGCUAGAGCCCGAUGUACCACUACAGACUGUGUUGGUCCACACUCCAGAAACCAUUUGUCUGACCUACUUCAUGGACCUGCUGCUCCAGAGAGGCAAACCUAUCAUGUUGGUCGGCAACGCCGGAGUGGGCAAGACCAUCCUGGUGUCGGAUAAAGUCGCCAAGCUGAAGGAGGACUACAUGGUGGCUAAAGUCCCCUUCAACUACUACACCACAUCAGCCAUGCUGCAGCGUGUCCUGGAGAAACCCCUGGAGAAGAAAGCUGGUCGUAAAUUUGCUCCUCCCAACGCUAAGAGACUCAUCUACUUCAUAGACGACCUCAACAUGCCAGAGGUGGAUGUUUAUGGGACUGUCCAGCCGCACACACUCAUACGCCAGCACCUCGACUACAACCACUGGUAUGACAGACAACGACUGGUUCUGAAGGAAAUACAUAACUGCCAGUAUAUCACCUGUAUGAACCCAACAGCUGGAAGCUUCUCUAUCAACCCCAGACUACAGAGGCAUUUCUCAGUGUUUGCCGUACAUUUCCCGAGUGCCGAUGCAUUAGCCACCAUCUUCUCCAGCAUCCUGUCAGCUCACUUCCUUCAGGGAGGAUUCAGCUACGGGGUCUCCCGCUCGGUCGGAACUCUCAUGCAGGCAGCUAUCUGUCUGCACCAAAAAAUCAGUCAGAACUUCCUCCCUACAGCGAUACGCUUCCACUACAUCUUCAACCUGCGAGACCUCUCUAACAUUUUCCAGGGCAUCCUGUUUGCCCUGCCGGAGAGUGUCCGCUACCCCGUGGACCUUGUUCACCUGUGGCUGCACGAGAGCUCCAGGGUCUACUCCGACAAACUGAUGGAAGAGAAAGACGUGGAACUCUUCAACAAAAUCCUGCUGGACACUGGCAAGAGAUAUUUUGAGGGAAUAGAUGAGUCCAUCUUCAUCCACCAGCCUUUGGUGUACUGUCACUUUGCCCAGGGACUGGGAGAGCCUCGCUAUCACCAGGCUUCAGACUGGGAGAAACUCCAGAAGACGCUGGCAGAUGCUUUGGAGCAUUAUAAUGAGCUGCACGCUGUCAUGGACCUGGUGCUCUUCGAAGAAGCUAUCCAGCAUGUGUGUCGUAUCAGUCGUAUCCUGGAGGCCCCCUAUGGUAACGCCCUUCUGGUGGGGGUGGGGGGCAGUGGGAAGCAGAGUCUGUGUCGGCUGGCUGCCUUCCUCAGCUUGCUGGAAGUUUUCCAGAUCACUCUGCGUAAAGGCUACGGCAUCAAUGACCUCAAGAGUGAUAUAGCAGCUUUGUACAUAAAGGUCGGGGUGAAGAACAUUGGGACAGUGUUCCUUCAUACAGACGCCCAGAUUCCAGAUGAAUGCUUCCUGGUGCUCAUCAACGACAUGCUGGCCUCAGGGGAUAUUCCAGACCUGUUUAGCGAUGAAGAGGUGGAUAUGAUUGUGACGUCGAUCCGGAUGGAGCUGAGAGGAUUAGGACUCAUAGACAGCAGGGACAACUGCUGGAGCUUCUUUAUUGAGAGGAUACGGAGACAGCUCAAGGUCGUCUUGUGUUUCUCCCCAGUCGGGUUCACAUUGCGGACACGGGCACGGAAGUUUCCAGCUCUGGUGAAUUGCACGGCCAUAGACUGGUUCCACCCGUGGUCGCAGCUCGCCCUGCAGUCUGUCAGCACUACGUUCAUAGAAAAGAUACCUGGACUGGAGCCAGAUGUGCGGGCAUCUAUCAGUGAGUUCAUCUCCUACGCCCACGCCAGUGUCAAUGAGGUGAGUGUCAAGUACCAGCAGAAUGAGAAACACUUUAACUACACCACCCCAAAGAGUUUCCUGGAGUUUAUGAAACUGUACGGCAACCUGCUGGGGAAAAAACGCACAGAGCUGACCCAGAAGAUGGAACGGUUAGAGAACGGCCUACAGAAACUGCAGACCACUGCCUCACAGGUAGAAGAUCUGAAAGCCAAGCUAGCGGUGCAGGAGGUGGAGCUGUGGCAGAGGAACACAGACAUAGAGGCUCUCAUAGCUAAAAUAGGACAACAGACAGACAGACUCAACCAAGAGAGAGCUGUGGCAGAUGCAGAGGAGCAGAGGGUGGCAGCAAUCCAAGCUGAAGUGACCAAACAGCAGCAGGAGACUGAGGACGACCUGGCCAAGGCUGAACCUGCUCUACAGGCAGCCAAUACAGCCCUCAAUACACUCAACAGGUUGAACCUGACAGAGCUGAGGACGUUCCCCAACCCUCCAGCUAUUGUCACCAACGUCUCAGCAGCUGUUCUGGUGCUAAUGUCUCCCCAAGGCCGAAUCCCCAAAGACCGCAGCUGGAAGGCUUCCAAGAUGGUCAUGAGCAAGGUGGAUGACUUCCUGCAGGCUCUGGUGCACUUUGACAAAGAGCGCAUCCCCGAGGCCACGGUGAGGUGUGUGAAAGACGAACACCUCAGUGACCCAGAGUUCAACCCCGAGUUUGUACGUCAGAAAUCCUCGGCUGCCGCGGGGCUCUGCGCCUGGGUGAUCAACAUCAUACGCUUCCACGAGGUACACGUAUUAUGUGAGGUAGAGAUGAAGAGGAUGUGUCUGUCUCAGGCCAAUGCUGAUCUGGCUGAGGCUGCUGAGAAACUAGAGGCCAUCAGGAAGAAACUCGCUGAGCUGGACAGUAGCCUGGAAAUUCUGACAACAGCAUUUAAGAAAGCCACAUCAGAGAAACUGCGCUUUCAGGAAGAGGUCAACCGCACUAACAAGACAAUAGAACUAGCCAAUCGGCUGGUCAAAGGACUGGAGAGUGAGAAUGUGCGCUGGGCCCACUCAGUGGCUCAAUACCAUGAACAGGAGCAAACUCUCAGUGGGGACCUCCUCCUAACCGCGGCCUUCAUCUCCUAUGCCGGCUCCUUCUCCAAGAAGUACAGGAAAGAGCUGCAGGACAACCUCUGGAUGCCUUUCCUGCGCAGCCAGAAGAUGCCCAUCCCCAUGACAGAAGACUUAGAUCCAGUGUCAAUGCUGAGUGAUGAUGCAAUGGUGGCCCAGUGGAACAAUGAAGGCUUACCAGGAGACAAAAUGUCAACUCAGAAUGCGACCAUCCUCACAAACUGUGAGCGCUGGCCUCUCCUCAUUGACCCUCAGCUGCAAGGCAUUAAGUGGAUCAAGAGUCGCCAUGGCAGCAGCCUCAAGGUUGUCAGUCUAGGGCAGAGAGGCUAUGUAGAUGUGAUUGAACAGGCCGUCGUGGCAGGGGACACUGUCCUCAUAGAGAACCUGGAGGAGACCAUUGACCCUGUUAUUGACCCUCUGCUGGGGAGACACACCAUCAAGAAGGGAAGUUGUAUAAAGGUUGGGGACAAGGAGUGUUUCUUCCACCCAGGCUUCAGACUGAUCCUCCACACCAAGUUGGCCAAUCCUCACUACAAGCCAGAGAUUCAAGCCCAGACCACUCUCAUCAAUUUCACUGUGACCCGAGAUGGUCUGGAGGACCAGCUGCUGGCCCAGGUGGUGAACCAAGAAAGACCCGACCUCGAGCACCUCAAGAGUGACCUGACCAAACAGCAGAACAUGUUCAAGAUUGAGCUGAAGCUCCUGGAGGACGAACUGCUGACCAGGCUGUCUGCGGCAGAGAGUAACUUCCUGGGUGACAAUGAGCUGGUGGAGAAGCUCGAGACCACCAAACACACUGCUGCUGAGAUCGAGAUGAAGGUCCUGGAAGCUAAAGUCAAUGAGGUGAAGAUAAACGAAGCCAGAGAACACUAUCGUCCCGUUGCCGUCAGAGCUUCUCUGCUCUACUUUAUCAUGAACGAUCUUAACAAGAUCAACCCCAUGUACCAGUUCAGCCUCAAGGCCUUUAACGUGGUUUUCCACAAGGCGGUGGAGAUGGCGGAGGCCUACGAGGACGUGAAGAGCAGAGUCAACACGCUCAUAGACUGUGUUACCUACUCCACCUUCAACUACAUCAGCAGGGGACUGUUUGAACGAGACAAGCUCACCUUUACUGCACAGCUAGCCUUCCAGCUGCUCCUGAUGAGUAAGGAGAUAGAUGCGCGAGAGCUAGACUUCCUGCUACGUUUUAACAUUGACCACAGCUACGUCAGCCCCCUCGACUUUCUUUCCAACUCAGCGUGGAGCGCCAUCAAGGUGAUGAGUUUCACUGAGGAGUUUCGAGGUCUGGAUCGGGACAUUGAAGGCUCUCCUAAGCGCUGGAAGAAGAUGGUGGAGUCGGAGUGUCCAGAGAAAGAGAAGUUUCCCCAGGAGUGGAAAGGGAAAAGCUCCCUGCAGAAACUCAUCAUGAUGAGAGCCCUGAGACCGGACCGCAUGACCUAUGCUCUAAGGACCUUUGUGGAGGAGAAACUUGGAGUGAAGUAUACAGAGGGCCGAAAGACUGAAUUUGCAAAGUCCUUCAGAGAAAGUGGUCCAGCCUCACCUGUGUUCUUCAUCCUCUCCCCUGGAGUGGACCCGCUGAAAGAUGUGGAAUCGCUGGGGAGGAAGCUGGGUUUCACUAUCGACUUGGGGAAGCUUCACAACGUGUCGCUGGGCCAGGGCCAGGAAGAUGUGGCUGAGGUUGCCAUGGAGAAGGCUGCCAAGGAGGGUCACUGGGUUAUACUGCAGAACAUCCACCUGGUGGCUCGUUGGCUGGGAUCACUUGAGAAGCUCCUGGAGCGCUGCUGUGAAGGCAGUCACCCGGACUACAGAGUGUUCAUGAGCGCCGAGCCCACACCAACACCCCAGGAACACAUUAUCCCACAGGGCAUUCUGGAAAACGCUAUUAAGAUCACCAAUGAACCUCCUACAGGCAUGCUUGCCAAUUUGCAUGCUGCUCUGGAUAACUUUGACCAGGACAUCCUGGACCAGUGCAGCCGCGAGCAGGAGUUUAAGACCAUCCUGUUCUCUCUGUGUUACUUCCACGCCUGUGUGGCGGAGAGGAGGAAGUUUGGACCCCAGGGUUGGAACAGAAAGUAUCCCUUCAACACUGGAGACCUGACAAUAUCAGUUAACGUCCUCUACAACUACCUGGAGGCCAAUGCACAGGUGCCAUGGGAGGACCUGAGGUAUCUGUUUGGAGAGAUCAUGUACGGAGGACACAUCACUGAUGACUGGGACAGGCGGCUCUGCAGAACAUACCUGGAAGAAUACAUGCAGCCCAACCAGUUUGACCGGAAGCUUUCUUUGGGUCCUGGGUUUGUCGUCCCCUCGAACCUGGACUACCAGGGCUACCAUGAUUUCAUAGAUGAGAUGCUGCCCCAUGAAAGCCCGGUGCAUUAUGGGUUGCACCCCAACGCAGAAAUUGAGUUCUUGACAGUGACGUCAGAUAACCUUUUCCAUACUCUGCUGGAGCUGCAGUCUCCUGAUGCUGUGAUGGGGGAGGGAGUCUCACAGACCCUGGAGGAGAAGGUGAAGACAAUUUUAGAUGAGGUGCUGGAGAAGCUACCAGAGGAGUACAACAUGUCCGACAUCACAUCUAAGACAGCUGAACGCUCGCCGUACAUCCUGGUCUGCUUCCAGGAGUGUGAGCGCAUGAACACGCUCAUCUCGGAGAUGCGGCGCUCACUGAAAGAGCUUGACCUGGGACUCAAGGGUGAACUGGCCAUCUCCUCUGAGAUGGAGAAGCUGCAAACAGCCUUGUUCUUUGACAACGUGCCCGAUACCUGGACCAAGCUGGCCUACCCCUCCACCUACAGCCUGGCUAUAUGGUAUAAUGAUGUGUUGCAGCGUUGUAAAGAGCUAGACAGCUGGACUCAGGACCUGUCUCUGCCGAGUGUUGUCUGGCUGUCUGGACUUUUCAACCCCCAGUCCUUCCUCACUGCGGUGAUGCAGUCUCUUGCGCGUAAGAACGAGUGGCCCCUGGAUAAGGUGAACCUGACCGUGGAUGUGACCAAGAAGUUUAAGGAAGAGUUCAACCAACCUGCCAGGGAGGGUGCAUACAUAUAUGGACUGUACAUGGAAGGUGCGAGGUGGGACACUCAGGCUGGGGUGAUCACCGAGGCCCGUCUAAAGGAACUGACCCCAGCCAUGCCCGUCAUCGCGGUCCGAGCUGUGCCCAAUGACCGCCAGGAGACCAGGAAUAUCUAUGAAUGUCCGCUCUACAAGACCAAGAUCAGAGGACCCACAUAUGUAUGGACUUUCAGCCUAAAAACCAGGGAGAGACCCGCCAAGUGGGUGCUGGCAGGAGUGGCCCUGCUGCUCAGUGUGUGAGAGGGAGUUUAGAGGUCUAGGGUCAAGAUUUACAACUUCACGGGGAUUUGAUUUUGUUGGGCAAGGUAGGCGUGUGUGGCUCAGUGGUAGAGCUGGCACACGUAUACUUAG